ACUCCAACACUCCGCCUCACGACAACAAACGGAGUACAUGAGGCUUCCCAUAUGGCUGAAGAAACCGACAACUCCCUAAAAGACUUGGUAGGGGGUGGGGAGAGUGGCUCUAUCUCCAAAAGAAGAGACUCCAAAGGCUCUAACCCCAAAGAAAAGACCAACACCCCCAAUGGAGCCACCACCACCACCACAUCUGUCACAACCACCACCACCACCACCACUACUACAGGAACUACCACUGCCACUACCACCACCACCACCACCACCUCAUCCACCAAGAGCAGGGAGCACAGUAAUGCAGGAGAGGGGGGGACUGAAGGGGAUGAUGGAGACCCCCAGGCAAAACCCACAGGUGAUGGUUCGUCCUCAGCAGGGAGCUCAGGUGGUCGGAAUUUAAGGAUCCGACCCCGAAUCUACAGACCGAGGAUGUCCGAGUCGAGCUCUGAGGACAGCGAUGAUGAGGCUGAGAAAGGAGCCUCCAGAAUACUGAGGUCAGUGGUCACAAUUACUGGUGGAGGGGAAGGAGCAGGGAAGGACUCUAGCUCCCCUGUCAAUAUGGAGCCUGCUGAGGAGGAGGUAGAGAUGGAGCCAGCCAGUCCUGAAGGAAUGGAGGUUACAGGAGCAAACACCCCUUUUGAUUUCACAGAGGACUCUCCCACCACUGAACGGCGGAGAGCUGCACCGGAGAGGAACCACGGACGUCAGACUAUGUUUGGUGGUCUCUUUUCUGACACCGACUCUGACUCUGAUGACACAGGACGCAGGCGGAGCAUUGGUGACCAUUUAGAGGACGAGUCACACCGGAAAGAAGUGGAAGCAGCAAUCAACACAGAGCUGAUGAGGAUUAGACAACGGCCUAAGCCCAAACAUGAAUGGAAUUUUGUUGAACAAACUCUAAAGAGACAAUUGGGUGGUCGAGCAAAUCAUCAAAGUUCUGUUCUGUUCAGCAAUCACUACUACGACUCUCUUCAUGUGCCCAAACGGCUGGAGCUCAUAUACAAAAUGGAGUUUCAUCAUGGGUGUGUCAACGCGCUCAGUUUUAACUCCUCAGGCACACUGCUGGCUAGUGGCUCAGAUGACUUCUACAUAGCUGUUUGGGACUGGGCACGAGAGAAGGCCACCAUCACCUUCAAGUCAGGUCACCAUAAUAAUGUUUUUCAAAGUAAGUUCCUGCCUCUGCGUGAGGACACCCACAUAGUGUCUUGUGCACGUGAUGGACAAGUGCGCCUGGCUGAACUCUCCUCAGGGGCAUACAAAUCUACCCGCAAGCUGGCUAAACACAAAGGUCCUGCUCACAAGUUAGCCACAAUGCCCACCUCUCCUCAUGUAGUGCUUUCUGCUGGAGAAGAUGCUGUUGUACUAAAUAUUGAUAUCAGGGAAGAACAGCCCAGCAGGGUGGCACUGGUCAAGAAUUUGUCAGGGAGCCGCAUCUCCUUGUACAGCAUCCAUGCACACCCAGUCAAUGAACACCAGUUCUGUGUGAGCGGCCAUGACCAGUAUGUGCGUGUGUAUGACCGUCGCUGUGCCUCCCUUAAUUUUCCUGUGCUCAAGUUUUGCCCUCGACACCUGUAUGAUGCCUCUCCUGCCCCGACUGUCACUUGUGCAGUGUACAGUGGGAAUGGGGAUGCCAUUGUGGCAUCCUACAACGAUGAUGACAUUUAUCUGUUUGAUACAAUGGCUUCAGAGGCUGCAGAUGCGCUCCACAAGUAUUCUGGCCACCGUAAUAAUGCCACAGUGAAAGGAGUGAACUUCUUUGGACCUGGGAGCCAGUAUGUUGUGUCUGGCUCAGAUUGUGGAAACAUCUUUUUCUGGCACCGGGAGACGGAGGCCAUUGUGCAGUGUAUGCCGGGUGAUGAGACUGGAGUGGUCAAUGUAUUAGAGCCUCACCCUCACAUCCCUGUAUUGGCUACAAGUGGACUUGAUGAUGAUAUAAAAAUCUGGGUGCCCACCUGUGAAGAGGACCCACAGCUGUCUGACCUUGAGCAGAUUGUCAAGACUAACUUGGAGAAACGGCACAAGGAGCGUAAUGAGGACAGCAAUGUUCUAGAUACCGAGAUGUUGAUGGUGCUGUGGCAUCACAUACGUCGCACUGACCGUCGUCACCAAAGGAUGGCUGAGGGAAGCAGCACCAGUAAUGGGAGUGGUGUGGCAGGUGAGGGUGGCGCUGGCGGCUCCUCCAGUGAUGACAGCAACGAAAGUGAUGACUCAGAGUCCCAUCGGGGUGUCCAGUGUGCCACCCACUAGUAGCAUCAGGAAACACCAUCACCUCCUACCUUCUCUGCCAACAACUUCUUUGGUUUGACUUAUCUGUUCCUUAGUCAGUUUUUUAAGAUGCUCUUAGUAAAUACAAUAUUUAGAAUACAUUUGAUCCAAAAAGUGUUGUAAUGAGAUUUACAGUCUUUAUUUUUCAGAUAACUAAUGAAAAAUUAUAGUCACUUCCAAAGUAUCCUCCAUAGGCCAUGGUGUAUUACUGAAUCAACCCUCCCACAACUAAGGCAUAUCCAAAGACUGCAAAGAACUAUUUGUUAUACCUAUCUGCUUAAUCUCCAUCCUAUUUGUGAAUUAGCACCAUAUUCCAGCAGUAAAAGGCAAAAAAGAAGAAUAAGAAGAUUGGUGUAGUUUGGAAUUCAUUAAUAAUGAAUAUGAGCAGGAUGCAUCAUGGGUGGAAAAGACAACAGAUGGACUUAGGAUAGUGGGAUGACAAUUUGGAGAUACUGGAAUGUAGGAAGAAUAGGGAAGAACCAAUGAAGAAAUUAGCUAAGUUUUGCCAGGAGGGGUUAGAAUAAACAGGCAGUCAUUACAGGUGAGUGCAGAAGAAUCAUGGAGGUCAAUGACAUAUAUUAAUUCCUGGUUUGAUAUUUGAACUGAUUAUACAUGAAAAUUCCAUAAGUUGGCAUUCAUGGACAAUAUUAUUGUGCACCUGUUGGAGGUUAUGAAAUGAUGUUUGCAAAUUUUUACACCACUUACGAGAAAACAAAAAUCUAAACUUUAGAACAUAUUUUGCACAUUAUUUGGACAUAGACCGAACCAGAAUGACACCAUUUAUAUCUUAUUGUUGUGUUUAUUAAAGUUUGUCAAGUAAUACA